GCGACUUUGAAGAAACAAGGACACAUCUGAACUCCACCUGAUUGUCAUCAUAUCUAAACUGCCUUUAUUCUCAACAAGACAGAAAUAAAUGUGUUUUUUUCCCCAUCUAUUGCCAGGAAAGAGGGGGGGGGCAACCUCGGUGAGAGAAGCGAUGACGUCAAAUUGAGUUCUGCAGGGACCGAGCCUUUUUGGAACUUAAUAAUUGUGUUUAUUUUUCCGACCUGUGACAUAUGCAUGCCCAUUUGGGAAAGCGUUUUUCCUCUUAAUCUGGUUGUUAUAGCGGUUUGUGAGUGACCGGGUCCAGCCAGACUGACUGCGGAGGAGCAGACUUUCUUUCUACUCGGAAUCUGCAGAAGUUCAGCUCCGGCGCGCCUCUGUAUCUGGACCUGACCGCAGAGCAGAGACGAACAGCGGGCACUGCCUCCACUUCCCUGGGAUCUUUGGGGAGGACAUGCAAAACCUAAGUCAGGGUGUCUCAGUCGGCGGGUACAAACUCCCUCAAGGACCCCCCUCGCACUCCUGCAGCCUCCGCGACCAUGCCUGCCCAGCUGCCUCCGUCCGUCUACAUCGGGAUGGAGGUGGUGAUCGCCGUGUCCUCGGUCAUCGGGAACGUCAUGGUGGUCUGGGCUGUGCGCAUUAACCGCUCUCUGAGAAACACCACGUUCUGUUUCAUCGUGUCCCUGGCCCUGGCUGACAUUGCGGUCGGGGCUCUGGUCAUCCCCCUCGCCAUCACCAUCAGCAUCGGGCUGGAGACGCACUUCUACAGCUGCCUGAUGGUCGCCUGCACGGUGCUGGUGCUGACGCAAAGUUCCAUCCUGGCGCUGCUGGCCAUCGCCAUCGACCGCUAUCUCAGAGUCAAAAUCCCCAUGAGCUACAAGCGAGUGGUCACCCCUCGCCGAGCUGGUACCGCCGUGUUGUUGUGUUGGCUGGUGUCCAUCAUAGUCGGCUUCAUGCCCAUGUUGGGCUGGAAUAACCUGCAGUGUCUCCUCAACAACGGCUCCGUGAACAUGAGUGACCCCGUGGUGACCUGUAGGUUUGAGACCGUCAUCAGCAUGGACUACAUGGUCUACUUCAACUUCUUUGUCUGGGUGCUGCCCCCUCUGCUGCUCAUGCUGGCCAUCUAUGUAGAGAUUUUCUACAUGAUCCACAAGCAUCUCAACAAAAAGGUGACAGCAAGCCACACAGAUCCCAGACGUUACUUUGGGAAAGAGCUUAAAUUAGCCAAGUCGCUUGCCCUCGUUCUUUUCCUCUUUGCGGUCAGUUGGCUCCCUCUUCAUAUCCUCAACUGCAUCACCCUCUUCUGCCCAUCCUGCAACAAGCCAGAGUUUCUUAUCUACAUUGCCAUCAUUCUCACCCAUGGCAACUCGGCUGUCAAUCCCAUUGUUUAUGCUUUCCGCAUCAAGAAGUUCCGCACAGCAUUUCGGAAAAUCUGGAAACAGUAUAUGCUUUGUCAGGAUCCAGUUGGCCGUCUUCCUCAGAGAGGGAGCCAGAGAGGACAAAGUCAUGAGAGGAGACUGAGGCAGAAUGAUGAUGAUGACGAUGAUGUGUGACAUUUGGUGACUAAUUGAACUACUGUGGGACAAUUGUUUGUUUUUUUAAAUUACGUUUCACAAGGUGGAAAGGCCUCUGGAUUUGUUUUCAGGUCUGAAUGGCUUUCACGGCGCUGAGGGACAUCAGAGACAUCAAUCACGAGCUGAAUUAUUCUCUCUAUCCAACAUGCACCAGGAGGACAAAAUGUACAAAUCAGCCUGACGUUUGACGAUAGGACUGUGUCUCUGGCUGGCAAAAUGGUGAUAACGUCUCAUGGGAUACUAGACUUGACAUCAAUUUCAACACCAACCUGUCGGGCUUGAAGUGUUUAUUUGUAGCUCAUGUGGUACAAUAGUAAUGCUUUACUUGACUACUUUAAUUCAAGUACAUUGCCUUUUUAUGUGAACGAUUGCAAAUAUUUAUCCUUCUAUUGUAUGUGAUAAAUUAAUAUAUUUCAUUCUGUUGCCUUAAGAACAAGUAAUGUACUGCAGAGGGACAGCGGCUAAAUGUAGCUUUGUGUGAAGACUUGGAAUCUGAGGAGCUAGUUAUGAACGAGCAGGUAGUUUGCACACCUGACUUGGUGCACAAACUCGUCUGCACCGCGCUAACCAGGAAAAUCACGAGAGUCUUAUGAGAGCCUCUAGUUUACUAUCAUUCGUAUACAUCUGGGACCAUUUGACUGACAUAAUGACUAGUACUAACUAAUGACUCCUGCAAAAACAGCAGAUAAACUACAUAAUGCUUCUAAUUACAUACAUUAAUCAGCCAUAUCAUUCAAACCAUCGAUUAAAAAAUAAAGUGCACAACACGCUUCAUUCUGUUAUGAUGCAACGCCCUGCAGGGACAAUUUGCAUCUUGGCAUUCACAUUAAUGUUACACCUUUUUUUUCUUUUUUUUUUUACUCCCAUUUAGUAGGAGCCUCCCCUAGUAAGACAUCAAUGAGACCCACAAAAACUGCUAAGGAAGGAUUUAAAUAAAAAGACAAGAAAUCUGGGGUGUUUGUCCAGCCUCCAUAUCUCCAGAUAUCAAUCCGAUGGCAUCAAAUUACACCUGUGGGAAAUAUACCUAACAACAACUCUACAACCUUCAUUUCCUAUAAUCUCUAUUGCUAAAGUCCCUGUAAAAAACACUCCAGGACACCCACAGAUUACAUUUUUUUCCAGCCCAUGGCCCCUUUGUUGUCAUUAGGUGGACCUAUGUAUUAUCUGGGUGGUCAUAUCGCAAUGAGUAAUUGACUGUUGAUUACGGGCUGGAUGAAUAAGUGAUCCGGUGUCAUACAACUGGAACCACAUCAGAGGUUUUGAAAAGGGAAUUGGGAAUCUAAAGCAAAAGGCCAGCAUUGCUUUGUCUACUGUCACUCUGUUCUUAUAAUGUCCCUCUACUCACACAUCAGUGGCCUUUAAUAUUUUCAAAUGGUACUCAUGUUUAUUUGAUUUAACAGUUAUAUAUCCUGACAUCUUGUUAUUGUUCUUUCAGCGGGACAUAAACUGAUUAGUCUCACACUUUUAAAAUGUGUCAUAUCUGAUAUGAUGCAUAAAUGUUGAGAUGGGACGAGUGACACCAGUAUUACUGAAUGUAAGUAAUGUGUGUAUAAAUGAUCAUGAGAGAUAAUGCUGAAUAUUCAUCUCACUUUGAGAACAGCUGCACACUUCUGAAUCUUAUAGCCUUUAUUGAAAUACUACAGAUAAUGAAAUCCAACUUGUAAACAGCUCUGUUUCUAGUAGUUAGCACAAAUGUUGAUUCAUAGUGCACUCAUAGUGUAUGAGUACACUGAAGUCAGUUAUGAUGACUUAUCUUUUUAACCAGAGAUAGGAUUUUACCUUCUCACGCCUAAGUUGGGUAAGAAUUACCUGCAGCUGUGAUGAGACUUUGAAAAAAGUAUCAAAAUAUCUCUGAAAGAGAGUAAAAUGAAUGCCCUCCUCCUCCCCUUUUUUUUUCUUUUCUUACCAAUCAAACAAAAAGUCACUCUACCUUUGGUGCUUUUAAGGUAAUAAUUGCUCCUUUGAAUUAUUGAAUUCUAAGUGCUUUUAAAGGCACUGUGUGUCAUUUUAUUGGAAUUAUUGGAAUGCUCUGAACAUCGUUAAAAAAAAAAGAAAAGGUUUGAUGAAAUUGGCAGUGAAUUUGCAUCCAUGACCAGCAGAGAUGUUGAGAGCACUAACCUUUGAAAAAACAAUGAUCCUGAGGCUGCAAACACAAAGAGAGCAGUUCUGGCAUUUUAAUUGUCACUUUUAUUCAAGAGCAUCUGUCAUGGCUGUCUCGAGACAGGAAGCGAUCGCUCAAAUAGAGGUGUAUCAUUUUAAUAAAUCAUAUUGUUC